AUGAAAUCCUUCAAUCUUAACUAUACGAAUAAAAAGACUAGUUUUGGAGUUCGAACAGUAUCAAUAUGUAAGGCCUACCUAACUGGUGAAGUUGAAGGUGUGUCGCUUCCACGGAAUACAGCAUUGAUGCGUCUUUUCAACUUCUUCAUGAGAACUACUGAUGUUAAUAACAACAACGAGAAUAAAAUACCGAAUCGCGCACACCUCACUACCCUAAAGGAUCCUUCCACGUGGUACGCGAACCUCUACACAACGACACUUCACUUCCCAGCAUUCAAUUUCACAUAUUUAACGCGGCCAUCGAGCGACAAUUCACGACAACUGGGUAAAGUUUAG